AAAAAAUAGAGAAAAUUAAAUGUUUUUUAUGAUGAGUGGGAUGUAUUUAAGCGAUUUGAUGAUCCGCCCCCUCCAAUUCAUCGUACUAUCGCACAGUAAACAUGAUCUAGAACAUCAAACGGAGUUCUUCAAUCGGCGAAAUUUCUGAAGCAAGCCGCUAGCAAUUUACCCAGUACCGUAGCACCCCCCUCCGGCGACGAUGUAGUGUCGUCUGAAACAAGGUCAAAUUGGGCAGCUCAUUCGGCGGAAUUUAUUGAAGUACGAAUCGUUAAUUACGCAAAACUCUUGUUUUUGUAGGCAUGGCCAUAAAGGAUGAUGAUGCAACGGGAAUGCUCAAGCAAUCAGAGAUGAGGUCUAAAAACUUGAAGAAAAAUGAAGAGAACAAAAUAAGCAAUGGUGUGGAAGGUCUCCAUUUUCGGCACAUUGAAAAUGAUGAGGAAGUUCAGAGACAUAAUAUUUGUGUGGAAGGAAGUGUUACCCUUACGAGGGAAUGGGCUAAAGAUGUUGAAAAGAAAAAGAAGAAACGGCAGAGAGAUGUUAUGUGCAAUGUGAAUGAGUCACAUCCAGGGAGCAAAGAGAUAAAAAAUACUGUUAUUGUAGGGAAUGAAGAUGAUAUACAUUCAACUGUAACUAAGCUGCUGGAAAAUGACAUCAGUAAGGAAAAACUCACAACUGAGUGCAAUGGAGGUAGCAUUGAGAUGGCCCGGAUAAAGAAGAAGAAGAAGAUAGAGAAAGGAAAGAAGAAUAAAGAUUCUUGUGCUGGUUUAAAAGAUACUGGGACAGAAAGUCUUAAAACUAUUGAAAAUGAGAAUAUUAAGAGGAGGAAUAUGGCUAAAAAUGUUUCAAAAGAUACAAAACCUCAAAAAAACAAAACAGUGCAAUUUGCUGAUGACUUGCAGGUUGUUCAUGUUUUUGAUGUUCCUGAAGAGGGUGGUGCCGCAAAAAACAAAGAUGUCAAAUUAGUUCAAGGUAAGCGGUUUUCAAAAGAAGAAGAUGAGAUCAUCAUGAAAGCUGUUUCUAAGUUCAUAGAGAAGUACGAUUUGGGUGACGAAGGGCUGGAAAUGGUUUUAAACUGUCAAGCUUAUCCAAACUUGAGGCACUGUUGGUACGAAAUUGCAACUGCCAUUCCAUACCGACCCUAUAAAUCUAUUUAUUAUCGUGCUCGAAAUAUUUUGUGGAAAAAUGAUAGCCCAUGGACUAAAGAAGACUACGAAUUUAUAAGAGCAUAUCAUGAAAAACACGGGAACAAAUGGACAGCUAUGGCUAAGGAGCUUGGCAAAUACUCAUGUCAUGUCUUUAAUGCAUGGAUGAGAACAAAGUUGCCCAAUAUGAAGAAGGGGGGUUGGUCACAAGAGGAGUACAAAACAUUAUUUGAUUUAGUGAAUAUGAAUCUGCAAUUGAAAGUUUCAGAGGAGAAGAAAUCCAAGCAUGGUAUGUUGCGUGAUAAUAUCAGUUGGAUUGCAAUAAGUGAAAAAUUGGCCACACGAAAUAACGCAUCGUGUUGUAGUAAAUGGUAUCGUCAGUUGACAUCGCCUUUGGUAGCUGAAGGUAAAUGGAGUGAUUCAGAUGAUUAUAGGAUGAUAGGUGCACUGUAUGAAUUAGAUGUGAGCUGCAUAGAGAAUGUGGACUGGGAUAACCUUCUUGAGCACAGGCCUGGUGAAGUAUGUCUGCAGCGUUGGAAACAAAUGGUUCGUUACAUAGGUAACUAUGGCACCAAACCAUUUUCUGAACAAGUUGAACUUCUGGCACAAAGAUACUGUCCCUACUUGCUUGAAGCAAGGGAGGCCUGGGAUAACAAGCCAUAUGUAGCAUAACGGAAGCAUUCCCUUCUUUUUACUGCAAAAACUGAGAUAUCUGUUUUGCUGUUGACUUGUAACUUAAAUCUUAAAUAGCAAGUCUCUGUUUUUACUUUUAAGGCUACCAUGAACAAUUAUUUUAAUACGGGUUGUCCUUUUGCACUUGAUGCUUCAAUUACCAACAUGGGUUUAAGCUAAAAAAGUAAAAAGUAAAAGCUUGA